UCCUCCAUAAAAUAAUUUAGGAACAUGGUGUCUUUUGUGUUCUCAGCUGCUCACUUGACUGACGGGUCUGUACCUGCUGUUCUCUGUGCGGUCUGCUCAGCUGAGGGGCACGUGACCAGUAGCUGUCCUGAGGAGAAGCUGCCUCCUCUUCUGCAGCUGCCACAGCUUCGGGAUGCUUAUAUCCGAGCUCUUGAUCGAAUUUGUGUGGAGGUCUUAAGGAACUGGGAACCGCAGAGCGCUGAGCUAAUGAACCGGGACCACAUAAUGGUCGACCUGAACGGAUACAUCAGGAAGUUCUUUAAGAACGCGGAACUAACCUUGUUUGGAUCGUCCAGCAACGGGUUUGCGUUCCGGCAUUCGGACCUAGAUAUCUCACUCACAUUCACGGACAAGCCUUCAGCUGAUGGACUUAAUUGUAUACAGAUAAUAGAGGAGUUGGCGGAGAAGAUCAAGCGGAUGUCCGGCGUGAAGAACGUGUUGGCCAUCACCUCCGCCAAGGUUCCUAUAAUCAAGCUGUUCUACCAGAACCUGAACGUCGAGGCGGACAUCAGCUUGUACAACGUACUCGCCAGGGAGAAUACGAGACUGCUAUCAACCUACUCUGAACUAGAUCAGAGAGUCAAGGUUCUAGGAUAUAUGGUCAAACUAUUUGCAAAGGUUUGUGAUAUUGGAGACGCAAGCCGAGGUAGUUUAUCUAGCUACGCGUAUAUACUCAUGAUGCUCUUCUAUCUUCAGCAGACAUCUCCACCAGUCAUCCCUGUAUUACAGGAGAUGUACACAGGGGAGAAACCAGAGAAGAUUGUGGAUGGUUGGAACGCUUGGUUUCAAUCUGACAAGGAGGUUAUCUCCAGAUGGAGAAGUGGGAAUAAGAAGAGUGUUGGUCAACUUUGGAUUGGAUUUCUUAGUUUCUUUGCAGGAGAGUGGGAUGACCGUAAGCUGGUUGUGUGUAUACGUCAGCAUAAACCUCUCACCAAGUUUGAGAAAAUGUGGAAUUCACCCUGCAUCGCUAUAGAGGAUCCGUUCGAGUUGAGUCAUAAUCUUGGAGUUGGAAUAAGCAGGAGAAUGAAUAUCUACAUCAAGAAAACAUUUAUCAAUGGUAGAACAUUGUUCGGAGCUCCUAUACCUGUCCUACCCAGGGUUCCUCAGGGAUACAGAAACCUUCAGGAUUACUUUUUCGACCACCGUCUGCUGACAAAUGGAGCACCGCCGAACGACCGUGGUUGCCGAGCCUGCGGUAAAAUCGGCCAUCUGGUCGCCGACUGUCCCAGAAGAAGGUCUGCGGAUAUGAGGAAGAAAGCACAAAAGGAUCGACCGAGGACUCAGUCAGAGCAGCAGCAGCAGAACGCAGGACGGGUUGAUGGACGUGAUGAGGGGAGAAACAGGACAAAGUCGGAGAUACCUAGAGGAGCGGACAAAGGUGAGAAUGAAGAUGGUAGGAUCAAAGAGCAGAAAAUCUCCCUUCAUCAGGAAAAGGAACUCCCUUGUGUUCCUCUAUUCUCUCAACCUCCUCCCCUUUCAGGACAAAGACCCAUAGGUCCUCCUAGACCAUCAGAUCCUAUUAGGACACCAAGCAUCACUAAGCGAAACAGUUCUAAUGAUACACCACCAUCCAGCCGGGUUGUUAAUCCUCCUCCUAACAACCGAGCUCCUGGACCCCCGCCGUCCUUGAAAGCCCCUGGAGUAGUUAAUGAAGAAAGUUUUGGCUAUGGAGGACAUGGUUUGCCUGCUCCACCUCAGGUUCAGAUCCCACCCGGUCGAUCUUUCGGAAGUUCUCCGCUCUUCGGUCAAACCCCGCCCACCGGAUAUCGGGGACAUACUCCACCUACUGGAUAUCCAGGGACACCCACGCCCACUGGAUAUUUAGGACACACCCCACCCACAGGAUUCCCAGGACAAAUACCACCAGUAGGAUACCGUGGACAAACCCCACCCAUUGGGAACAGUCGACAAACUACUCCAGUUGGGUUUCAUGGACAGCACAACCCUGCAUUAGGUUUUAUGAGACAAACCCCUCCUAUUGGUCAGCAUGGUCAAAACCCAUUCAUGAGAAUGUUUCAUCCUAAUGGACCACCCCAAAGCCAACCAACUACUUCCCCGAAGGAAACUGGAUUUGAUUUACUUGCUCUGGCCGCCGCUGCAGGAGGAGAAAAUAAAAAACUUCCAGCGCAAGCAAUAAAUCUUGAGGAUUUAGAGAAGAGUUUUCUAGGGGAUUCUGGAGAAUGUGCUCCGCCUCCCGGGAUUCGAGAGUCUAGUCCUGCGCCUCCCCCCGGGUUCGCCAGAAUGCAAGCCUCUCCAGUUCAUCCGUUUCUGGAGAACUACCAAAGGAACAUGAUGAUGCAACAGUUCCAGAACCAAGUAUUCCCGUUCCUUCCUGUCGGGAUCCCAUUAGACCCUCGGUUACCCCUUGACCCUAGGUUGCAGUUGGGUCCUGUCGUGUCCACGGGUCUUCAGCAGAACCUGAUUCAACAGCAGCAUCUACAGAUGCAGCAGAUGCAGCAACAACAUCAGCAGCAAAUGCAGCAGAUACCAGGUAUGCCUGGUUUAUUUGGUCCAAUGAUAAUGGGUCCUGGAGGAGGGAUGUAUCUACCACCUAUCGGAGAGCAAGGACCGCCCCCUAUACCAAUGUGUUCCCUGCCAGGGUUGGCACAUCAUACCCAACCUGGAGUUCUGUCUUCACAGCAGCAGAAUCAGAAUAACCAAUUUUCUGGCAACAGGAAUCAGUUUAACGAAGAGAAUCUGUCGAACCCGAACUCUUCAAACUCUGAACCUGGUCCGGUUAGAAGAGAGGUUCACUCUCCCCACACUAUUCUCCCACCAGCGAGAGCAGAGGUUAACUCUCCAGAUGGAUCUAUACCUACCACAGGGUCGCCUCUUCAGCCUGCCUCUCCACUCAUUCCCUCCCCCUCCCCCUUAAUGAUGUCCCCGCCCCCCCUCCUGGUGGGUUGGGCCCCGCAGAACAUGUUCUCUGGUCCCGGGGCGCCUUUCCCUGGCGGUCAUCCUGGUGCACAGUUUCCAGCCUUUGGGGGCAGAUUUACACCAUUCCAGUCGCACCCGAGUGGAUUCCAGAGCAGUGUUCUGUUCUCCGGAGACCUCCAUCGUCCUCUGGACCCUGGGCAGCAGGAGAGUAGACCCGGAACACCAAGGGAGGACAGCCUCAAUAUCUUUCCUCCAAUAGAUAUGCGUCAGUUCGACUACGAUAGUCUGGACUCAUUCCAGCAAUAAUAUUUUAUAUUAAAGGGACUGUUGGCGUAAACCUAGGUGACCCUCCAAUUGUGACAUAAGUUCUAACUCACAACGGUACUUAAACGUUUAUUGGUUUUCUUCCAUAAAAAAAGUGUUUAAA